CUCCCCAAGCCCCUGGGGCCUCAGCCCCUUGCAGGUGCCUGUCUGGGGGUGGCAGGGUGGCGCUGCCUGGUGGCCCCCCCGGCGGCGGGGGCACGGCUGGCAUUGCUCAGUGACACCCUAUCUGCCAGGGCCCGGCCAGCAGCGGGCCCAGAAUAGCAGCGCUGCCCUACAGUCAGCAUGGAGCAGCUCCCCAGCCCCGCUGCUCCGCAGAUGGCGCUGCUGGAUGCCGCUGCCCGCCCGAGGAUGAAGGUGGGUUUGCCCGUAGGGUUCCCGGAGGUCCCCAGGGAGGAGGAGGAGGAAGAGGAGAGGAGGAGGAGGAGGACAGGCGGAGGAGCCCCAGGACCCGUCACCUUCACGCUGGGCCCCGAGGUGCUGGGGCUGGGCCCCGAGGGGGAUUUCCAGACCCCCGACGCCGAGGUCUACAUGCACUUCUUGAGGAGCCACUGCUGCUACGACGCCGUCCCCACCAGCUGCAAGCUCGUCGUCUUCGACACCAGCCUGGAGAUCAAGAAGGCUUUCGUGGCGCUGGUGGCCAACGGGGUGCGCGCCGCCCCGCUGUGGGACAGCAAGACUCAGAGCUUCGUGGGGAUGCUCACCAUCACCGACUUCAUCAACAUCCUCCACCGCUACUACCGCUCGCCCCUGGUUCAGAUCUACGAGGUGGAGGAGCACAAGAUUGAGACGUGGAGAGAGGUGUACCUGCAGGGCUCCUUCAAGCCGCUGGUCUACAUCUCACCGAGCAAUAGCCUCUUCGACGCCGUCUACUCCCUGAUCAAGCACAAGAUCCACCGCCUGCCCGUCAUCGAGCCCACCUCGGGCAACGUCCUGCACAUCCUGACGCACAAACGCAUCCUCAAAUUCCUCCACAUCUUCGGCUCCACCAUCCCCAAGCCCCGCUUCCUGAAGAAAACGGUGCAGGAGCUGUGCGUCGGCACCUUCCGCGAUGUGGCCGUGGUGCCCGAGACCGCCCCCAUCUACACGGCCCUGGAGAUCUUCGUGGACCGCCGCGUCUCCGCGCUGCCCGUCAUCAACGCCGCGGGACAGGUGGUCGGGCUCUACUCCAGGUUCGAUGUCAUUCACCUGGCUGCCCAGAAGACCUACAACAACCUGGACAUCAGCGUGCGCGAGGCGCUGCGGCAGCGCACCGUGUGCCUGGAGGGGGUCCUCACCUGCUACCCCCACGAGACCAUGGAGGACAUCAUCGACCGCAUCGCCAAGGAGCAGGUCCAUCGCCUGGUUCUGGUGGACGAGAACCGGUACCCGCGGGGCAUCGUCUCCCUCUCCGACAUCCUCCAGGCCCUGGUGCUCACUCCCGCAGGUAUCGAUGCUCUUAACUCUUAGCCCACGGCGCUCCAUCUUCCUCCAUUCGCACCCUCCAUUUCUCUCCACUUCAGGCAUCGACUGAAGACACCGGGGACGUGCCGCCGCCGCCUCGUCCCACUCGGGGCCUCUUGCUUGGCCCGGCCCAGGCAUUGGCGGGGCCGUGGAAGGAGGCUCAGGCCCCGGGGGCUCUCCGUAUGGGGGUGCUGCCCACCC